AUGACGAACACAAGACAAGAAAUAGAAACACAGGCUCUCUAUGUGCUUGAAAAAGAUAGCGAUCAAUCUGAUGAUACCACUACUCCAUUAACCCCAGUUGGAGAUACAGCAGCUCCUACCAUACGGACUAAACGGAAGGCCACUGGCACGCCCACUGCAAAGAAAACGCAGGUCGAUCAGCCUGCUGUGUACCACAUGAGCAACCCUGCAGCGGCAAUAGCCGCAUAUGCAGCCAUCAAGGCAGUGUACGCACGUGUGCAGUUUGAUCUGCGGAACCUGAAGUCUGUGCUGCUGGAAGAGGGUUUGAUUGAGGACUAUGAUGCCGAAGAUGAAUAUUCCAGUUCAAAUGAGUCUGUGGAUGUUUUUAUUGAUGCGAAGUAG